AUGGAAUGCCAGCUUAUUGUCUACCCCGCGCCCCAGGUGUCCACGGCCGUGGUGGAGCCCUACAACUCCAUCCUGACCACCCACACCACCCUGGAGCACUCGGACUGUGCCUUCAUGGUGGACAACGAGGCCAUCUACGACAUAUGCCGGCGCAACCUGGACAUCGAGCGCCCCACCUACACCAACCUCAACCGGCUCAUCGGCCAGAUUGUGUCCUCCAUCACAGCCUCCCUGCGCUUCGAUGGUGCCUUCAAUGUGGACCUCACGGAGUUCCAGACCAACCUGGUGCCCUACCCCCGAAUCCACUUCCCCCUGGUGACCUAUGCCCCCAUCGUUUCGGCCGAGAAGGCCUACCAUGAGCAGCUGUCAGUGGCAGAGAUCACCAACGCCUGCUUCGAGCCCUCCAACCAGUUGGUCAAGUGUGACCCUCGCCAUGGCAAAUACAUGGCCUGCUGCAUGCUGUACCGCGGGGAAGUGGUGCCCAAGGACGUGAACGCCGCCAUCGCUGCUAUCAAGACCAAGCGCACCAUCCAGUUUGUGGACUGGUGUCCCAUAGGUUUCAAGGUUGGCAUUAACUACCAACCCCCCACAGUGGUGCCCGGGGGCGACCUGGCCAAGGUGCAGCGGGCCGUGUGCAUGCUGAGCAACACCACAGCCAUGUGGAUCAAGAGUUCUGGAAGUGUCCCUUGGGCAACAGUUGCAAAUAUCAUUGCUUUAGAUGAAUGUAUAAACUCCUUUCUGGGGGGUAUCGUCAAGCUGUGGUGA